AUGACCACUCCCGAAACACCAAUAACCCCUGGCUCAGAACAACAGCAUCCUUCACAACAACAACAACAACAGGUUGAUCCCAGGACUGCAGCGACGCGUCAAAAAGUCGUCGACAUCAUCGACCAUCAGUUCGACCUCGAGAUUCUCCUUCGCCAUGCUGAAGGUGCCUCCAUCGCACAGGAGCUCGCCAAGGCAGAACGCAUGCUCGAGGACCUUCGGCACGCCAUCCUCAGUGAACGACAGGGUGCACCGUUUGGAAACUCGACAAUAUCGCGCACGCUCGGGAACCCCAGCUUACAACAGAACCCAUAUGCCAGUCAACGACAGAGCUCAAGGAGGGCGACAGCUUACUAUGGACGGGAUCUGCGACAACCCGAGGCGCUCUAUGCCGUCCGCGCUGAUGGACACUUUGUCAGGUACACAGCAACUCAUUGGACACCUUUGCGUGUUGUCUCAUCCAACCGCAGUCAGGAAGCAUCCACGAUGCAGCGUGAUCUUAUGCUAACUUUGCAUUCCCCCGUCUCUGUAUUUGACAAUAAUCUAGACUGGGUUGUCCACGGUGUGAGCGAUAUGAUUUUGGAAGCAUUCAGGGUCUAG